AGAUGGAACAAGUAUGAUGUAGAAGUAAACAUACUCAAACAUGCCCCUGGUAAAAGGAACGAGAUCCCGACUCUUCACAGGGUCCAGUCACCCUCGUCCUCCCUACAUAACAGAAGUGGAGAAACUACAAGAUGCUCUGGUGAGGAGUGAGCAUGAGGUGCUGAAGAUGAGGGAGCAGAUGGAAUUCCUGGCAUUCCUUGUCCGGAGGGCGUGGCAGGGUGAUAAGGCCGCCAUGUCUGAUGUUGCUUCAAUUGUUGGAAAAAAUAAUCUUUCAGGUUGUGAAACGUCCUCCGUUCAAGAAAACCUCGCACUAAUUACUGACAAGGACGAAUCUUGUGACGGUGAGCAGUGGGCUAACAUGGUUGAGAGGAUGUUGUGGGUGGAGAGACAGAGAGACGCAGAACAAGUCAGCACAGUCAAACUGGCGGAGCGAGAGUGCAUGUUGGAGGGAGAACUAGAAAAUCAUUCCCCGGUAUUUUCAUCGUACCUAAAUAAGCCCCGAGGAAACUUCCGCCAGAAAGCUCGGGCAAAAUCAGCCGCACCUUCAAGAAGCAACAUACCUCAGAUAAAAUCAAGUAACAAUCUCAUGAGCAAACCCCCGAGUGCCCCCCUGACCACGCCUCGCCAAAGUCCUAGUACCCGUCCCCGCUCCGCACCUGCUCCUAAGAAGUUAGCAGCCAGCAGUUCCGUCAGUGUUCAUGGUAGUGAGGUUAUGAUAGCCCAUACUCCGACCAACAGCAAGGUUACACGAUCAAAGUUGGGUGCUAAGCAACUGAGAAAAUCAUACUACCUCCAGAAGAGACUGGGUAUUCCUGAUGAGGCUAUAGUGCUGUGUUGAGCUGCACUACAACACGUGACGUGACACGUGCUUUACAACAGCACGUUCGUAGCGGCUUCAGGUUGAACUGUGUCUUCGAUUGAUAACCAUCACAUCAAGUUGAGUUUUGAAACCUAGUUUUGCUUUUUAAGGAAAAGGACAUUUGAAGAAUGCAAAGUGGUUCAGUAGUGGAGAAAAAUUAUUAUUUUCGACUGUUUCGUUUGCGAGAAAUUAGCUAUCCAAAUCCUUUGAAGUUGUAAUCAGAAAAUAAUUAUUUUGAUAGGCAUGAUUUUCUUUUAGUAUUACCUGUAAUGUGAUUCUAAAUUUGACUUUUUUUUUCUAUAGAUACUUUUAUAAAAACUGCUUCUGUUGAUAUUAUACAGCUUUGCCUUA